CCCUGCCGGCGGUGGCGUGCUCGGGACCGGAAGCGCGCCUGGCGACGACAACAACAACUGGCAUCCUCCCGGCUUGUUUGCCGACGAUUCGUCACCCUAAGCAACCCUGGACCGUAUUUAAUCCGCACCCCUUACAGUCCGCGCAGACUGCGAGACGUUUGGUGGCACCCCCUUGCUUCGGACGUCUCUUCCUUCUGCCUCCCAUCCAACCUUCGUAGGCCCAGCAAGCUGAUGAACAGAGACAUCUGCAUCCACACAUGGCCAUGUUCUUAUUAUUUGGAACCUGAGAAACGAUGGAUUCCUGGCAAGCUUUCAUUGACUUCUGUUUUGCUAAAAUUUUUGGCUGAUAAGAAUGGAGAACUACUGGUCAGCUUCCUCCUUUCAAGCAUCAGUGAGAUUAAAAAAGAAUCCUCUCACUUCAUCUUCAGCUCUAUUACUAUUCUAGAGAAGGACCACAUUAAGCACUGGUUCAGUUCCUUCCAGCCCAGCCGGAAUGUGGUCUUCAACAUCAUUGAGCAUUUCUGGAGGGAGUUGCUGUUGUCUCACCCAGGAGCCCAGGCACCUUCUCCCCAGAUGACCAAGGGUAAAGAACUGACAGGCCUAAUGGCCUGUUCCCAGAGACGGUUAGAAGAUACGGCAAAAGUCCUUCACCAUCAGGGUGAGCAAUUUGAUAACAUCAUGAAAGGACUGGACAAGAUUGAAUCAGAUAUGGAUGUAGCCGACAGGUUACUCACAGAACUUGAAUCUCCUUCUUGGUGGCCCUUUAGUACCAAACUCUGGAAAAGCCCAUCUGAAACAAAACCCAAGGAAAGUACCCUAGUAUCCACUUCUGAGGCAUUUGGAAAAUCAGGGGUGAUAAUAAAAAUCCCAGCAAUUAUUUCACAAAGCGCCGAGUUGCACGCUAAACCAGGAAGAUUUACUGUCUUGGUUUCUGGGUUGGAAAUCAGUGACUCUAAUUCGCAACUUUUGCAUAGAUUUGAAAGGGAAGAUGUAGAUGACAUUAAAGUUCACACCCCUUAUGAAAUCAGUAUACGCCAGAGAUUUAUUGGUAAGCCAGACACAGCCUAUCGACUAUUGUCGGCAAAGAUGCCAGAGGUUAUCCAAAUUUUAGAAGUGCAAUUCAGCAAGAAAAUCGAGUUUUUAGACGAUGCGAUGAUGUUCCAAAGCACAAGAGACUCACCACCAGCAGAGAAGGGCAGUGCCAUCUGGCGUGCAGCAUCUGGGCUAAUAGAAAGUGUGGUGCACCCCGGACCUUCCCUCAGAAGUGGAGAAAGCAGUCAGAUCCAGUUACAAGUGAAUGAGCAGGUUUCUGAGGAAGAAGCUCAAGAACUAAGACAGAUCUUGAAGAAACUGAAGAGCAUUGCUCUAGAAACCGAGACAGAACUCGAGAGGCAGGAUGAAGUUCUUGAUGGCCUGACUUCCUCUGUGGAACGCACGACCCUGACUAUCGACAAGCAGAAUCGUAGGAUGAAGAAGCUGCUCUAGAACCUCAGGUGGAGAACCAGUGGUUUGGUGGUAACAUGAAACUUUCAGGAGACACAAGUGACCCUAUUUUUUAGAAUAAGUGAUUAUCUUAAUGUGUUGUUCUCUCAUUGUUUCUGUAGUCUUCAUUUAUAGAGAAGACACCAUGGAAUAAUUUCCAGGAUCGGAUGCAUGUUUGGAAGCCUUCUCCCAGGAGCAGAAGAAGCAGAAACUUUAAUCAUGGUGUAGUGGUUGAAGUCAGCUGUCUGUUGCUAAGACUCCUUACAACAGUGUGGUUCAGGGGUCUUGAGGACUUUUGCUAAAGAGAUUGCCGUGCACUGAAGGAGAAGUAGAUUUUUUUUUCUUUUUGGAGGGGGACCUUUACAGUUUUUUUAAAAAAAAAAAGAACAGCUUUUUUCUGUGUGAAAGCCUAAGUGCUGUAGGCUCCUUCAGUGUGUGAGCUUGUAUGGUGCAUUUGUUUGUUUGUUUUCCUAGAAUGGGAAUCAGAUCCCUGGUUUUGAUGCUAACUGGGUAAGUGACUGUGGGCAAGUCACGUAGACCCCUUAGGCCUUAGUUCCCUCAAUUAUGAGAAAAACUACCAGUAAGAAAAUUUUCCUAGCUUAUCCUUAAGAUCCCUUCCAGUCUACCAUUCUAUUACAUCUGUGAGAGAGAAAAAAAAUACCUCUACUUGUUUAGUGAUCUAGAGAUGGAGUGCGGAAGUCUUCUUGCUUCUGGCUACUGUAUUAAAACUCUGGGGAAGCCAUAGGCGUGAUGUCUCAUACAAAGUGCCAAAUGCAGAAAUUUCCAUUUUAGAACAAUUUUGUGUAAUUUCUAAGUAAUUCAUAUAUCAGCUUCUUGGGGUUUCCCUCUUUUUGGUGUUAGUGCAACAAACAAAAUUGACAGUUGCUCUACUUGAAUUAUUGCAGCCUCUUCUACUAAACUUCAAAGAUGAGGUACAUUUUUGAAAGUUGAUUGUGUUUUAAUCAGAAGAGCAAAAUUAAAGCUCUCCAGAAAGAAGUCAGUUUGCCUUUUUGAGUACAGGCAUACCCUGUUUAAAUAAUUGCUUGGUUGCAUAUUAAACUCUGAAUAUUUUUCUUAAAAGCUUUCAAAUGAGUUCCUUUCCAGCCCUUGAAAAUCUAGUGCUCCUUACAGUAUCUGUACCUGGGGGAGAUCAUUCCCUUUGGGACUUUAAAACCCUGCAGAGGCUGCUUGGGCAUUAAUCACAUAUAUUCCCUGUUAGAUGUGGAAAUUAAUUUACUCCAUUUCUUUCUUGAUGGUUUUCUUUGAUAGAGAAGGUUUAUAAAAUUGUGCCAGCAGACUGUUCUAUUUUUCUUUUUAAUUUUACUGCAGUUUUCUAGCUGAGAACACCUCCAGGAUAUCUUAUAAACACCUUAAAUUUUCAUUUACUGCCCAGUUCUUUAGCCAAAAAUAAAAAAGAGGCAGCUAGUUAUGUAGUAUAUUUUAAAAACUCAUGUUGGUCUUUGCUUUUACUGCCUCAUUUCUAGCCAGAAUUGAAAGAAAACUGCUACAUGUAGUGUACUUUUCAAAACCUAUAUUGAUUUUGAGGGGUUUGAUUUAUGUGUUUCAGUUAGCAGAGCAGAAGUUAACACUUUCUCCUCCUGGUAAGAAUUACUCAUGAAACAAAGCUACUUGUGGUCUACAAACUCCAUUCUGGAGGUGGGGGUUGGGAUGGGGUUGCAAAGUGUAAUGAAAAGUAGAUUUGUUUCUGGAUAUCAUUCCUUCACAAUCACCGUUUUAUCUUCUCAUCACAUAUACCACUAAUGAUUUAUUGCCAUUUAAAAAAUAUUUUACUUUCAGACUCUUGAAAUAAUAUAAUGAAGAAAUAUCUUUAGGUAUAUUGUCAAGACAACUUUUUUUGGAAAUGCUGGUAUUUGGGGAUUAAUUUUUAUCCCAUUAACAAGUGUAAAAGGGUUGUUACAACUUGUUAUGAAAAAAUUGGAGGUGUGUUGAAGUCAUCAUUUAGACAGCUGUUGACAUUGGCAGCAAUGCAGCUUGUCAUAUCAGUUUGGGUUGUGGCACUUUCUGUUUGCAUACUUGGUACCUUGAUGGUUUUCCUAAAGACUGCUGAAAAAUAGUGAAUAAAAGAAUGAUGCUACCAUGCUGAUCACCUUGGUGGAAGGCUGACAUUCUACCUCUAGAAAGCAUAGAAGGUAAUCAUCUCAGAAGCAAGGCUUCACAAUUCCAGAAGUUGUCCUUUAAGUCCCUUAUGUUUCAUUCAGGCCAUAUCUAGCUUCCUCUGCCCAAGUUAGAAUUGGGCCUCCUGGAAUAAAGCCCAACUUAUUUCAAAGGCUUUUUUCCCCAGGUUGGUCAUAUGAAUAAUAACGUAUUUUUGGAGCAUUUUCUUUGGGCACUUAUAGAAUUUGGUGAGCUUUGUGGAGCUUAAGACCACUCAUUUUAGAGGUUCGUAACAGUUUAGCCUAGUUCUAUGUAAAUACUUAAAUCUCUUCAUGCUGUUAAGCACUGUAGCUUCCAUCCAUAUCCCUUUGGAGAAUUUAUGAUAAGUCAGACCUACCCUUAAACCAAGGUGUUUUUCUUACCACAUAUUAGAGUAUGUAGUUUUCUUUAGUGUACCAAAAAGGCAGGCAACAUACCAUGCACACAAAUUAUUGUGCUGGGUUUGGAGGAGGUCACAAAGAAAAGGAAUAGAGGCCCUGCCCUCAGGGAGCUCUCAUCUAAUUGGUGAGACAUCACAAGAUGCUGACAAUACAAAAUAGCAUAGAAGUACCCACAGAGUCGAAUCAGCAAUUAGUCCCACAUGCCUUCUGAGGAAGGUGAGACACUUCUGUUAAUCGACAAUGGAUGUCAAGAGAACAAUCAUAAAAUUAAUACCAAAAUCUACAGACCACCUCAGUUUUCUCCCCCUCUUCUUAGCUGGAACAUGCCUGGAAGAAUCAUUAUCUCCAUGAGCUGUGGUCACUCCCCAGCUAGGACCGCUAACAUGACAAGCCUGUAUAUGCUAUGUUAGGAGUUCCUACUUCGGGCAUUUACAGCAUGAGUCAACAGGGCAUAGUGGACAGGAAACUAGACUUUAGGGUCACAAGACCUGGGUUUGAAUCUCACUCAGAGAGCCAAGGCACGUCAUUUCCCUUCUUUCAGCGUCAGUUUUGUCAUCUGUAAAAUGGGAGUAGUAAUACCUGUAACAGGACCCAUGUCUGUUAUGAGGAUCAAAUAAGAAAUGAUGUUUAUAAAGUACUUUGCAAAUCCUAAAAUUUUUUAUAAAUGUUAAAUAUAACACACAUACAAGUACAUACACAUAUAUACUAUGUACUAUGUAUUUGUGUUUGCAUACAUUUGUAAAAAAUCAGGAUAACCAUUCUAACAUGAAACUACAAAGGCAGGACCCCUGAAAGAGACUAGGAAAAAAAUACUUUAAUGUUCUUCCAGCAGGCUGUGAUUCUGUUUUGUAUUGAAACAGUUUACAUGAUAGAUAUGGAAUGAGAUCAUAGAAAUGUUGUAAAUAAUUGAUGUUGAUAUAAUCCCUAUCUAUCAGAUUAGUAGAGGAAGGAAUCAUAACGCCUCCUUACUUUUGUAUGGAGCUUUCUACUUUUGAGAGCUUUUUCAUAUGUUAAUUCAUGAUUUUAACAUCAGUGCCAUGAAGCAGGGAAGGUAGUAUUGUCUCUGUUUUACAGAUGCAUUCCCUUUAAUUUAGAAAGAUUCUGACAUGCCUAAGACCGCAUCUUUAGGGAUAUAAUAGUGGCUAGAACUAAAUUUUCUGACUCUAAGGCAGUGAGUAUUGGAGACAGUUAGAAUGUAUGUAACUCCUGCAAACCCUUUGUCAAGCUGAAUGCUGACAAGGAUUGACAAAUGCCAGAAUCUGGUGUUUUACACAGACCUUUUAGCUGGUAUUCCUAUAUUGCGCCCGUUUGUUUUCUCUUGAUCUCCCAUGAUGAGGGUCAGGAAAACCUUUAUUUCUAAAAAAGAUUAUGUUAUUAGGCAGAUGCUGUUCAAAUUUACUACUGCAGCAUAUCCUGUGGUCAUUUGUUUACUCUUAGUUGUCCUCAUUUCAAGAGGACCAGUUUAGAUAUGUGUGCAACGAUUCCCUGGCAUGUUUCAGUUCUUUAUGUGUAGCUACUGCUCAGGGAAAAGCUUUCAAAAGUUCUACUCCAAGUUUUUACUCUGCUUUCUUCUCGCUGGUAACCCUUCCAUCUAACUUCUCCACUACAAUUACUUGGAUUGCUGUAGAAUGCAAAGAGAUAAACGCUAGACUAAACUUCAAUACAAAAAGAAGGAGAAUUCCAGGGUAAGAACUGUUUACAAUGAAAAAUGGCAUCAGUCAAACUCAGAGACUGAACAUAACUUUCAGGUUUAAAGUGCUAGCCAGGCCCAGUCAUAGUAUUAUGGAAUCAGCUGCUGCACUUGGCAUUGCUACCUCAGAUUUAAAAGUAGCUGUUGUAUAUUAACUUAGCUUAUCCAGGUAUUGCCUGAACUGACUUCUUGUAGUUUGACCUCUUAACUUUAACCCACAUCCUUGUCUCUGAAGGAAGAAGAUUCAUUACUAGUUAGGCCCCAAAAUUAGUAUGUUUCUGGUCAAAAUCUACUGACAUUGCAGUGUAAACUUCUUAGUCCUGAAGUUGCCCUCUUAGUAAAAGUCUCAGCUAGUAAAUUAGAAUGUAUAAAUAACUUCUACCAGAAACCUUGAUUGCUUCUCAUCUUCCUUGUUUAUAGAUUGUUUUCUGGAUGCUUCAUUGAGUUUUCCUUGAGAAUCUUAGAAUCUCAUAUUGGGAAGGAAUAUCAGAAGUCAUCUAGUACAACUUGAACAAGAAACUCAUAUAGCAUCCCUGAAAAGUGGUCAUCCAGCCUUUGCAUGAAGACCUCUGGUGACAAGGGAACUUGCUGUGUUCUGAAGUAUCCAGCCUCACUUUUGGAUGGCUCCAGUUGUUGAGCUGUUUUUCGUCACAUCAGAUUUAAAUUUAUGUCUUUGCAGCUUCCAUACGUUGUUCGUGAUUCUGCUUCCUGGGCCCAAUUAGAAGAAGGCUAAUCCUUUUUCUACAUGACGGCUAUUCAGGUACUUGAAGGCAGAGAUCUUGGCAUCCCCCUAAGCCUUUUUUUUUUUAAACUGAACAGCCCCAAUUGCUUCAACCAGUUCUCAUAUAUAUAGAGUGAUCUUGAGGCCUUUCACCGUCCUAGACUUCUUGGUCCAUGUGCAUCAGCCAGGAGGAAGUGUCCAGAGAAUACAGAGUGAAGUCAGGGAUGAUGACUGAGGCUUUUCUGAAAUUGUGGUCCAGAAGAAGCAGUCGUUGUUCAAGAUGUUGGGGCCUUGGGGUGGAUUUUUUCUCUGAGGUAGCAAAGGCAGUUAGGGAGGCUAUGGAUGAGCUGCCUGAGGAAUAGGGAGUAAAGAUGGUUUCCAGGCUCCUCUUCCUGAGUUCUGCUGCAUUCCUUCCAUUCUUCACUGGCUUUCAGAGGCAGUCAUGCCUGCCGUUUCUCCCACUGCCUUGGGAUAAAAUUUGUCUAGGUCUGGUGUCUUGAGCUUAUUCAGGCAUCUAGAUACUUUUUUCUAUCUCCCUACUAUCUUUGGUGUCAGCUCCCUAUUAUCGCUUUUGUGCCAUCCAUGGCAGAAAAUAGAACAGAACAGGAACAAAAGAGUUGAAAUAAUUUUGACUUUUCACAUAGUUCUGCACGCCCUGGACCACAUGUCCAUUCUGCCCUGCCACUGCCACUGCUACCACCCUCCUUAUCCAGACCACUAGAGACCAGGAUCAGGAGGAGCAGAAACCACUCGGCUCUACAUCUUUCACCCCUGUAUCUUUGUCUUUACCCUGCCCUUUAUCUGCUCUGCCACCAUGGAGGUACCUCUCUUCUCCCUUGCCAUCUUUUGCUCUGAGAAUUGUAGUCAGAUAUUACCAUUGUCUUUGGAAAGGGAACAUCAGCGGACUACCCUCUUUAUUGCACUUAAGCAUCUUCAUGGCUUCCCGCGUCAGUCACCCUUAGGAACUGCUCCCCUAUAUGUGUUGUCUCCCUCUGUUAGAGUGUAAGGGUAAGUAAGCAUGUCCUUGUGUCUCUAGUGCUUGGCAUAGUGCUUCACACAUGGUAAGGACUUGGUAGGGCUGAAUUUCUGUGUCGAAUUUUAGGUCGUUGAAUCCUACCUGUCCUUUCUCUGAAUCCUUUGAAAAUUGUCUCCUAAAAUCUAGGGUAAAUAGCAAACUGUGCCCAAUUUUACUUUUGUAAACUAAUGAUGUGGAGUGACCACUUUCCCCCAAGGCUCCCAUUAUCUCUACUUCAGCAACGAGUUCCUCAUGGUUAGUGAGAAUCAGGUUCAGAGUAGCAUUUCCCUUCAUUGUGUCCUGUGCCUUUUAAAGGAUGAAAAUACUGUGAAAGGAAGCCAAGAAAUUAACUGCUCUGCUUUUGGUAGAGAGAAGGCGAGUUCUAUCACAUGUCCAGAUAAUUAAAGGGCUCUCCUCACUACUAUGUUCUAUUACCAUGCCAAGCUUGUAAUCUGUUUCCCAAAAUCCUCAUCUGUUUCCCUUUCUUGACUUAGUGGUCUGUAGUAUAUUCCGAUAACAAUAUCAGUUGUAUUUUUUUUUAAUCAAUUGAUAAUUCACUCAAAUGUUUUCUACUCCUUAUUCCUGUUUUCUGGCUCUUAUAUCUCUUCAUGUGUCCUUUUUAUGGUAUUUCACCACCUCUUUUGUCUACUUAGUUCUUUUUAAAUGAAUUAUAUACUUCUAGAGCUGUAUGCUAGUCAUGGGCCCCAUCUUAGUGACCCAUGAAAUCAGUUCUGCCUUCUGUUAAGAUCCAUUGCUCACUUUGUUGUCUGUAUUUUAUGCAUACAUAUAUUUUACUACUGAUUUAUUUCAUGGAUUUUGUCUCCUGUAAUUCACUGAGCAAUUGUUAUUUUUCUUUUUGUUGAUCACAGUUGUUCUUUAUGGUAUUUCUUGGUGAUCUCCCCCCCCCUCCCCCUCUUCCCCCAUCUCCUUCUCCCCCCAUCUUCUUUUCUCUCACUCUCCCCUUCUCUCCCUAGGUCCUCAGUUUCUUGCCCAAGACUUCAAAAUCCUUAGCAGUGCUUCUUAAAUUUCUUCCAACAGUAUCAUUAUCUUCCACAUGCAUCGCAAGUGGGUAGUGGUCAUUAGGUCUGAUAAGUCUUUUAAGGAGGAUAAGUCUCUGUAAUGCCAUAGAUAUAUGCCACAGGAAGACAACGGACCUAUCCUCUAAGAAAGGAAGGUAGCCUGUAGCCUUCUUUGUUUACAGAAAAAAAUUCUGGUGACCCACGACUGCAUCUUUGAAAAGGAGUUGUAUGUUCUUAAUAACAGGACUCUAAAAAGAUGUGCCCCUGAUAGGUGCAGAAUACCAUAGCUAAGGGAGAUCAGGUUAAUUACUUCUAAGGAAAUACAGUUCUUCCUUUCCUUUCCUCUUUACUUCUCUUCCCUGACUUCACAAAAAAGAAGCAGCAUCAAAUGGCUCCUUAAGUAGCUUAUUAAGAAUCUUUGUCCUAAGAGUCCUAAACACUCUAGCUGUCCUGCAGAGGGCAGGAAAGCACCCUGAAGUAAUGGCCAGUUUAAGGAUGCCUCUUCAGAGAAUGCCGUUGCAGGUAAGUAACCCUUCUGACCCACUGAAGUGUUAUUUUCACUCUAUAUUAAAUGACUUUUGGUCACUACUAUAAUGGUAUUGCUAACUUCAUUUGUUUUAAUUUUCUUUUUAUUUCCUAGAUAUUGACAUUGUGACUUAAGACAUUUGUAUUUGAAUGUGUGAGCAAAGUCAUUUUUAUAGAAUUAAUAUACCAGGAAAUUGUUUUUCUGUAGAAUUAAGUAGCUUAAUUUAUUUUGACUCUGAUGGUCCCAAAAGAAUUACUUACACUUGUAUAUUCUUAAUAGUUUUUAUUAUUGUGCUUAGUUUCACAUUGUUUAUAAUUGUAGGCAAAGGUAAAACCAAUUUCCAUGCAACUGUAACAAAAUGUCAACAUUGAACAUUACCCAAAAUAAACUACUUUGACGUCUUAUGAAAAACUGAUAA